GCAAAUAAGGCAGGGUAUAUGGCGAGUGCGAGCAGCCGCAUUGUGACGUCACAAAGAGCCCCAUAGAACGUUGUAUAUAGUCACAUGGACCGGGGGGAGAAGCAGGUGUGAGCGCUCGCCCUGUACACUCUCACACUGGUCACCUAUAUCUGCACGUAGUCACCAUGGACCGGGGGGACAGGCAGACAAGGAAACCUCUUGUUGAGAAGCGGAGGAGAGCUAGGAUUAAUGAAAGUCUGCAGGAGCUUCGAGGCAUCCUUGCCGACAAUGAGUUUCAAUCAAAGAUGGAGAAUGCUGAAGUUCUUGAGCUCACAGUGAAGCGUGUUCAGCGGAUCCUUCAGACAAGAUCAGCGGACACAGACCGGUUACAGCGUGAGGCCAGUGAGCGGUUCGCCGCAGGAUACAUCCAGUGCAUGCAUGAAGUGCACACCUUUGUGUCCAGCUGUCCAGGCAUAGAUUCCGGCUUGGCUGCUGACUUGCUCAACCACCUACUGGAGUCCAUGCCCUUGAGCGAGGGAAGUCUUCAGGAUCUUGUUCUGGAUGUUCUUCUGGAUUCCCCUUCUUCCGAUCCUUCGUGCGCUCUUAGCUUGUUGGGAUCGUCCUCUGAUGACAGCUGUUCUGAUGUGGAUGAAGCUGAAAUUGGCAAAAGUGGGACAGAAACUGAGCAGGACAAUGAGAGGACCCCAGAAAUUCAGCCUCCAGCCCCUACUAUGUGGAGACCAUGGUGAUGUGAUCCUUAAUAUAAAAACGCAUAAGGACUUGUCCUGACCAGAAGACCUGGGUCAUUGGUACCAGUCCCAGAAGACAAUAGCCAGUACAUAUCACAUCAAUAUAUUUGGAUGUUCCACUCUAUAACUCUUUAUCUGUUGCAAUAUGAAGAGACUCUGUGUAUAACUGCACUGUCCCAGCGACAUGAAUGUCUGUGAGACUAAGCCUCCUCCUUUCCAGCUCUGGUGGCAAGAUCACAGUGCAGGACUACCUACGCAGGAUACGCCUCUUUGACGACUCUGUGAACCACCUUGGUGUAUGUCAUACGAUUUAUAAUGUGCAACAUGUUUAUUGUUCUUGUACAGAUACUAUUCAUUAUACUGCGCAGCAACAUUUUGUGCUAAACCUACCCCCUAGUCUCCCACUGCUGGAGAGACCAUCCGUCCAAUGUUUGAGUGUUCUAGAGCAGUGGUCUCCAAUCUGCGGACCUCCCAGAUGUUGCAAAACUACAACUCCCAGCAUGCCCGGACAGCCAUCGGCUGUCCGGGCAUGCUGGGAGUUGUAGUUUUGCAACAUCUGGAGGUCCGCAGGUUGGAGACCACUGCUCUAGAGGGAUGUGGUUACAGUCACUUUGUUCAGGAGAUGCUUUAUAGGGGUAAUAUAGGUAGUGUCCUCUCUUGCUGCGUAGGCAUAGUGGUAGUGCAUUUAACUCUAAUCCCUAGGAGGGAUGUCUAGUGUUUAGGUAACCUGAGGUUCUACCUUCAGUGAAGGAGACUAGAGGAUUGUUUGGAUACCGAUUUGAAGGGUGCUAUAGGAAACAUACUUUUUUUUUUUUUUUUGUGCAGGAGUAUGUGUAUAUUAGGAUGAUCUUGUUUUAGGUUUUUAUUUUCCUUUUUUUUUUUUUUAUUGUGUACAUAGAUGAUAUAUAUAUUAUUAUUAUUUUUUUUUAAUUUUAGGGAGCAGGUGCCUGAAUCUGUGUGGUGCACUUGAACCAAAUGGCAAAUUCAUGGUCUCCAUUGUGUGCAUUCAUCUGGCAAGCACUUAUUGUUGUUUUUCUUUAACCUUCUCACCCCACUUUAUUGUCUUCUUCUUCUUUUUAUACUAAAAAGUACUAGAGUGUUUGAGUAGUGCUUCUGUGCAUUUAAUUUUUCAUGAAUAAAUUAAUGAUCUUUUGACGGGGGGGAAAAAAACAUCAUCUUUCUGGAUUUUUUCCUUUCCUAUCUUAACACGAGCAUCUAUUGCAAAUCUUUAAAUUAAGUUGUUCACUUAUUUUUAAUAAUUUAGCAAAAGGCAAUAUAUAUUCUACAAUGAUUUAUACAUAAUAUGGCUUAAUGUGUGAGAAUAUUGUUACAUUAUGCAUUCUUUAUUGAGGAAAGUAUACAAUUAAAGAGAAUGUACACUUUG